AUGUUUUCAAAAUAUGAUUUUCUGAAGGAUGUGAAUCCUGCCAAGGAGGACUGGAGGAUUAAGGUGAAGGUGGUUCGUGCUUGGAAAGUUCCUAACUUUCAACGUAGAGAUUUUGAUGACAAUGUUGAAAUGGUUUUAUUGGAUGAACAGGGUGGUAGGAUCCACGCCACUGUCAAAGGUUCUUUGCCGGUGCGGAAGAAAAUCCAUGAAGGAGAGCCAACCAAGCAUCAAUAUCGUUUGUCUUUCAACUUGAGAACUGAUGUUAAAUCAAUUGUUGAUUCUGAUAUUUCUGCGAGUGAAUUUGAUUUUGUUGAUUAUGACAUCAUUGAGAAAGAAACGUCUGACUCUCUUUAUUUAGUCGACGUCAUUGGUUUAGUCUCAGGAAUUGGGGAAGUUUGUGAUCGUGUGGUUUCUGGUAGGAAGACGAAAAUGGUAGAGUUGGAGCUUGACAACCUCAGUCUUUCGGCUGAUGGUGUGGAAAGCAGUUUGAGGAUGACUCAGUUGUCUACUCAGUCCUCCUAUUCUUUUGAAAAUGAUUUUCUCAGGGAGACUGAAAAGAAAUCUAUUAGCGAUGUGAAGCUUUGUGGUGAGGUUGCGGAUUUGGAUCAGUUUCCAGAAGAGUUAAAUGUUCUGAAUGAAAAGUCAAUAUCCAACCCUCCUGCUUUCCUUCAUAAUAGCGACGUCCUUUCACCUCUUCCACCGACUCUGAAGAAGCUCUUCGUCGAGAAGCGAAAUAGUUUUCCCUCAGAAUUAAAGGAUGGAAAAUCGACGUCAUCGACAUUGGAGGUGGUAGAGCUGGUUGAGGCUUCCAAUAACGAGAGGUGUAAGAAGAGCAACUCCACAGAAUUCUCAAAGCAACUGAGAUUCCAACGAGAGCUGAACUCGCGAAGCAACAGCAGUGACAGCAAGGACGUUUUCAUUUUCUUGAAUCCUCCGGCACCGGAGCCAGUACUGAGGUCCAACGACGAGGCUAAUAAUAAAAAGAAGGGAAGACCAGCAACCGACGACGAAGAGAAGAACAGCUUCAAUAAACCAGCUUUCGAACUCGUCCUUAUGUAG